AUGGCCCCUAGCGCGUUGAAGUCUCGAUCUGGAUGUUUGACAUGUCUGGCGCGCAAGAAGAAAUGUGACGAGGGUCUGCCGAAAUGCUCGCAUUGUCAACGGCUGGGACUGGCUUGCAUUAGCAGAAACGCACAACAAGUCAAAGCCGAUAUCACGCCCACCAAUUUGAGGAACAGAUCUUCAUCACUCCAGCCGGCCGUCUCGAAUGGCUAUCCAGCAUUCAAGACCCCAAUUGAGCAGAAGCUGUGUCUGGAAAGUCCCUACGUCUUGGACGUGUUAGUGUCUGACGGCCUCGCGGACAAAAGUUUCAAAAGCAUGUCCUUGCUGGGGAGGUUCUGCACGCAGAGUAGACUGGUACGGGAGGCGGUAGUAGCAUUCGCGGCCUUUGGCCUUCAGGACAUGGGCGAGGAAUACUACAAGCUGUCGCUCAAAAGCUACCAAAGUUGCCUCUCGGCGCUCCAAAAUACUCGGGCUUAUGAGAGCGAAGACUCCAAAGAGAUGGACUUUGCCAUCGUCUCUAUUAUGUUUCUUGGAUUGCUCGAGGCUCUGUCUCUCGGUAAUCCAAGUGCAUCUGUAGCUCACUUUGAGAUGUGUCGCAAGCUGCUGGCCAGUCGCUUGAAACGUCCAGCGUGGCUCCAAAGCAGCGAAUGCGUGAAUACUUACCGAAUGUGCGCAGAAUGCAUUAUUUACAACUUCGCAACACUGUCGCCGUUUCAUGAAGGUAUUGGACAAGCUGCGAGCGACUGGGAGGAGUCAUUCAACAGCCUUUUCCCAACAGACGACCACGCAAUUUCUUCCUUUCUUGGAGGCAUUGACUUCCAAGCGAUCUACCGGAUCAUGUUCUCGACUAAUGUACUGCUCCAUGAUAAGGGCUCAGGUGCGAACCAGACCAACGCCCACCCCGACGCCUGCCAAAACCUCUGGGAACGACUCGACACUCAAGAAAAAAAGGCCAACUCGCUUUACUUGAGCAUGUCUCACAAAGCUAUGGCAAAGCUGUAUCGAGCAAAAUACCUUGUGUCAAUCCAUGCCCAGCGUAUCCACUUGAUCAAGGUAUCGCGACCCACAGCUACUCCAGCAGACUUGACAGUGAAACUCUACCUCUCGAAAGCCAUGGCAAUCAUCAAGGAGCAGAAUGUCUGUGAGGCAUGGAACCCAGCGCUUCGCUGGCCACUGACAAUCCUUGCAUGUGCAGCACACACGGAUGCCGACUUCGACCUCGUGAUGUCCACGAUGGACGAAAUGAUGCAGAAACUAGACCCGGCCAACUCGAAAAGGCUGCAGUCUGCACAGGCGAUGUUAAGGCACUUCCGCAAGGGAAACGCUUGGCCUUCAUUGGACGGCUGGGAUGCGGAUGUGUCCCCGAACCAACUGAAGUUUCUGCUGAAACCACAGAGCUUCGACAUACCUCAACUGCAACACUCUAUAGGAGUCGAUAAGCGAGCUGCGCCUGUGCCGAUCGCAUGCAUUAACACAAUGCAACGAACCAACCACCACGCGCGUCGACAAGCAGCAAGCCGCCAUGCCGCGAUCGCCAGUCCACCAACAAUGUGUUACGCAACGCUCGUAACCUGGGAGAAAUGCGGACAUUUCCAAGUCAUGCAUCAAAUGUGUCCCAUAGCCAAACAGAAGAACCCACCGACUUUUUGCACGACGGCACAUGAGCCGAUGUCUAUGGACCUGGAUACUAGCUACGGAGUGUGUCCUGAUACGGAAAAGCACCCGCCAGUGGAGACCAGGCCGUCGACGAGAGUUCGGACUCGUUAG